AGACAGAAUCCGCUGGGGCGACCUCCGCUGGUGGCAGGAGCAGCAGCUGCAGGGGGCGGGAGGGGGGAGGCCUAACCCCCUGGUGUGCAGCUUGGAGGAGGGACGGAUCCUCCAGGCAGGGAGGGAGGGCAUAGUCACCAGCAGCCAGCGCAGAGCAGCGCGUGUGCGCCAACCCCAACACCGGCCCACACCGGGCUGGGAUUGUUGUACUCUGUCACCAGGGCAUCCUGGCUCCCGCAGCUCUGCGGACAGCGCCUGAGACCCGGCUACAAGGCCAGGGCUGCCGCGCACAGCCGGAGCCCUACGCAGCCGGGAAGAGGCGUUCGCUAGCGUCACCUCGCUGCUUGGAACCUGAACAAGGCCGGAUCAAGGUUCUUGAGACACUUAAGAAAAAGAGAAGAGCAUGAGGUUAACAGGAUUUACAGCAUCUCCUCGCUGAUCACCAUGAGUGCCUGAGAUUUGUCUGAGACUCGAUGGGUGUACACAAGACUGUGGAUGUUAUCUGAAGCAGCAUAAUAUUCCCCUGCACUGAGAUACUUCACUUGGUGCUGGUUCCAUGCUACAAGAAGGACCAUGGCAACUUCCAGAGCAUCUUCCAGGACCCAUCGGGACAUCACCAAUGUGAUGCAGAGGCUACAAGAUGAACAAGAGAUUGUACAGAAACGCACCUUCACAAAAUGGAUUAAUUCUCAUCUGGCCAAGCGGAAGCCUCCCAUGGUGGUGGAUGACCUUUUUGAAGACAUGAAAGAUGGCAUCAAGCUGCUUGCUCUACUGGAGGUCCUAUCUGGGCAGAAACUGCCUUGUGAGCAAGGGCACCGGGUGAAGCGCAUUCAUGCUGUAGCUAACAUUGGCACCGCACUCAAGUUCCUUGAAGGAAGGAAGUCCAUGUACAGAGGAUCACCGAUUAAAUUAGUCAACAUUAAUGCUACUGAUAUUGCUGAUGGCCGACCAUCAAUCGUUCUUGGGCUGAUGUGGACCAUUAUCCUGUAUUUCCAGAUAGAAGAGCUGACCAGCAACCUACCACAGCUGCAGUCUCUGUCUAGCAGUGCUUCCUCUGUGGACAGCAUGGUCAGCACUGAGACUGCCAGCCCACCCAGUAAACGAAAGGUAGCCACCAAGAUCCAGGGAAAUGCCAAGAAAACUCUGUUAAAGUGGGUCCAGCACACAGCAGGCAAGCAGAUGGGAAUAGAAGUGAAAGACUUCGGGAAGAGUUGGAGAACUGGGUUGGCCUUUCAUUCAGUCAUCCAUGCUAUCCGACCUGAGCUGGUGGACCUGGAGAAGGUGAAGAGUAGAUCUAACAGAGAAAACCUGGAGGAUGCCUUCACGAUUGCUGAAACACAACUAGGCAUCCCCAGACUGCUUGAUCCUGAAGACGUGGAUGUGGACAAGCCAGAUGAGAAGUCUAUUAUGACUUAUGUGGCCCAGUUCCUAACACAAUACCCUGAUAUUCAUGGUGCAGGCUGCGAUGUGCAAGAGAAUGAUGAAAUAUUUCCAGUUUACUCAUCUUUUGCAAAUUAUAUUCAAAACUCUAAGAGGGAUGACAGACUAAUUUUGAAGGAAACAAAAGUUUGGAUAGAACAAUUUGAGAGAGAUUUGACGAGGGCACAGAUGACCGAGUCAAAUCUGCAGGACAAAUAUCAGGCAUUUAAGCACUUCAGAGUUCAAUAUGAAAUGAAAAGGAAACAAGUGGAACAUAUGAUACAGCCAUUGCAAAGAGAUGGCAAACUGACCCUUGACCAAGCCUUGGUAAAGCAGUGCUGGGACAGAGUGUCAUCCAGGCUCUUCGAUUGGCAUAUACAGCUGGAUAAAUCUCUUCCUGCACCUCUGGGCACUAUAGGUGCUUGGCUGUACAGGGCAGAGGUGGCCCUGAGAGAAGAAAUCACCAUUCAGCAGGUCCACGAGGAAACAGCAAACACAAUCCAACGGAAACUUGAGCAACAUAAGGAUCUGCUUCAAAAUACAGAUGCCCACAAAAGAGCAUUCCAUGAAAUCUACCGGACCAGGUCUGUCAAUGGGAUCCCAAUGCCUCCUGAUCAGCUAGAGGACAUGGCUGAGAGGUUUCAUUUUGUGUCCUCCACAUCCGAGCUGCACUUGAUGAAAAUGGAGUUUCUCGAACUGAAGUACCGUCUGCUGUCCCUGCUAGUCCUCGCUGAGUCAAAGCUGAAGUCUUGGAUCAUCAAGUAUGGGAGGCGAGAGUCCGUGGAGCUGCUGCUGCAAAGCUAUAUCUCCUUUAUAGAAAACAGCAAGUUCUUUGAACAGUAUGAAGUGACAUACCAGAUCCUGAAACAGACAGCUGAGAUGUACAUCAAAGCAGACGGCUCAGUGGAAGAAGCUGAGAAUGUGAUGAAAUUCAUGAAUGAGACCACGGCCCAGUGGAGGAAUCUCUCAGUGGAAGUGCGCAGUGUGCGGAGCAUGCUGGAGGAGGUGAUCUCCAACUGGGAUCGCUAUGGUGAUACCGUGGCUAGUCUUCAAGCCUGGCUAGAAGAUGCGGAGAAAAUGCUAAGUCAGUCAGAAAAUGCCAAGAAGGAUUUUUUUCGAAAUUUGCCUCACUGGAUUCAGCAGCACACAGCCAUGAAUGAUGCUGGGAACUUCCUGAUUGAGACCUGUGACGAGAUUGUUUCCCGAGACCUUAAACAGCAGCUGCUCUUGCUGAACGGUCGGUGGAGGGAGCUCUUCAUGGAAGUCAAGCAGUAUGCAAGAGCAGACGAGAUGGACAAAAUGAAGAAAGAAUACACAGACAUCACUACCACGCUCUCUGGGUUUGCAACCGAAGCCCACAGGAAAAUCUCUGAGCCUUUAGAAGUCUCUUUCAUCAAUGUCAAGUUAUUAAUUCAAGACUUGGAGGAUAUUGAGAAGAGGGUGCCUGUGAUGGAUGCUCAGUACAAGAUGACUGCCAAGAAAGCACAUCUCAUUGCCAAAGAAAGUCCCAAAGAAGAAGCAAAUGAAAUGCUUACAACCAUGUCCAGGCUCAAAGAACAGCUAUCCAAGGUCAAAGAACGUUGCUCCCCACUGUUGUACGAGACCCGGCAACUGUCUGUUCCUUUGGAAGAACUGGAGAUGCAAAUCACAUCCUUCUACGACUCACUUGGAAAAAUCAAUGAGAUUCUAUCAGUUCUUGAGCAAGAAGCACAAUCUAGUGCUCUUUUUAAGCAAAAACACCAGGAACUGUUAGCUUGUCAAGAGAACUGUAAGAAAUCCCUGACACUCAUCGAGAAGGGCAGCCAAAGUGUUCAGAAGCUCGUGACUGUGAGCCAGCCACUAAAGCACUGGGAUCACACAAAACUGCAGAAGCAGAUAGCAGAUGUCCAUCAUGCAUUCCAGAAUAUGAUCAAGAAAACUGGAGACUGGAAGAAGCACGUGGAAGCCAACAGCCGUUUGAUGAAGAAAUUUGAGGAGUCUCGGGCAGAGUUGGAGAAGGUGCUCAAGGUUGCUCAGGAGGGCCUAGAGGAGAAGGGGGACCCUGAGGAACUCCUUCGGAGACACACAGAAUUCUUCAGCCAGCUGGACCAGAGGGUCCUCAAUGCUUUCCUAAAAGCCUGUGAUGAGCUAACUGACAUCCUCCCAGAGCAGGAGCAGCAAGGCCUGCAGGAGGCUGUUCGAAAGCUACACAAACAGUGGAAGGAUCUCCAGGGAGAGGCGCCUUAUCAUUUGCUCCAUCUGAAAAUCGCUGUGGAGAAGGACAGAUUCUCAGCUGCUGUGGAAGAGUGCAGAGCUGAGCUGGAGCGAGAGACCAGGCUGGCUCCUCAAGAAGGCAGCGAGAAGAUCAUCAAGGAACACAGGGUUUUCUUCAGUGACAAAGGUCCUCACCAUCUCUGUGAGAAGAGACUACAGCUCAUAGAGGAACUGUGUGUGAAACUCCCAGUCCGGGACCCAGUAAGGGACACAUCUGGAGCCUGUCACACAGCUCUCAAAGAGCUCAAAGCUUCCAUUGACAACACUUACAUGAUGCUUAUAGAUGACCCAGACAAGUGGAAGGACUACACGAGCAGGUUUUCUGAAUUCUCCUCUUGGAUGUCUGCAAAGGUGGCACGGUUGAAGAAAAUCAAGGAUGAGCCCAUUGACACUGGCAACCAUGAUGAGGUUAAGGAUGUGGUAGAUGAGAUCAGAAAUGACAUUACGAAGAAGGGAGAGAUUCUCAGCUGGCUGAAAUCCAGUCUUAAGCAUUUGAUUGACGUUUCUUCAGAGAAUGAAGCCCAAAAGCGAGGAAACGAGCUGGCAGAACUAUCGAGCUCUUUUAAGGCUCUUGUGGCUUUACUGUCAGAGGUUGAAAAAAUGCUAAGCAACUUUGGAGAAUGCGUUCAGUACAAAGAAAUUGUGAAAAGUUCCCUUGAGGGGUUGAUGUCGGGCUCCCAAGAAAGCAAGGAAGAGGCUGAGGUGAUCCUAGACACAGAAAAUCUGUUUGAGGCACAGCAGUUGCUCCUACAUCACCAGCAAAAGACAAAGAUGAUCUCAGCGAAGAAGAGAGACCUCCAGCAGCAGAUGGAGCAGGCGCAGCAGGGUGGGCAGGCAGGCCCAGGUCAAGAGGAGCUGCGGAAGCUGGAGAGCACCCUUACAGGCCUGGAGCAGAGCAGGGAGAGGCAGGAACGUCGUAUCCAGGUCAGCUUGAGGAAAUGGGAGCGGUUUGAGACAAACAAGGAGACGGUGGUCAGAUAUCUUUUUCAGACAGGUUCCAGCCACGAACGAUUCCUGAGCUUUAGCAGUUUGGAAAGCCUGUCAUCAGAGUUGGAGCAGACAAAGGAGUUUUCUAAAAGGACAGAAAGUAUUGCCACCCAGGCUGAGAACCUUGUCAAGGAAGCCGCAGAGAUGCCACUGGGGCCCAGGAACAAGCACCUGCUUCAGCAACAGGCCAAGUCGAUCAAGGAGCAGGUCAAAACCCUAGAAGACACACUCGAAGAAGAUAUUAAAACCAUGGAAAUGGUGAAAUCCAAGUGGGAUCAUUUUGGCAAUAAUUUUGAGAGCCUGUCCAUCUGGAUAACGGAGAAAGAAAAUGAACUCAAUUCCUUGGAAGCAUCAGCAUCUGCCACGGACGUGCAGAUCAGCCAAAUCAAGGUCACAAUUCAAGAAAUAGAAAGUAAAGUUGACAGCAUUGUAGGGCUAGAAGAAGAAGCCCAGUCCUUUGCCCAGUUCAUCACCACAGGAGAGUCUGCUCGCAUCAAAGCCAAGUUGACACAGAUAAGAAGAUACUGGGAGGAGCUCAAAGAGCACGCACGGGGCCUGGAAGGGACAAUCCUGGGUCACCUAUCACAGCAGCAAAAGUUUGAAGAGAAUCUUAGAAAGAUCCGACAAUCUGUGUCUGAAUUUGUGGAAAGGCUGGCUGAUCCGAUUAAAAUAUGUUCCUCAGCUGCAGAGACAUACAAAGUUCUCCAAGAGCAUAUGGAUCUCUGUCAAGCCCUAGAGUCCCUCAACAGCGCAGUUACCAUGUUCUCAGCCAGUUCCCAGAAGAUGGUAAACAGAGAGUCCUGCACUCAGGAGGCUGCAGGCCUACAGCAACAGUAUGAGGAGAUACUACACAAAGCCAAAGAGAGGCAGAAGGCACUGGAGGACCUACUGGCUCACUGGCAGAGGUUGGAAAAGGGACUAUCGCCCUUCAUGACCUGGUUAGAGCGAUGUGAAGCCAUAGCUAGUUCACCAGAAAAGGACAUUUCUGCAGACAGAGUCAAAGUAGAAAGUGAACUGCAAUUAAUACAGGCCCUGCAAAAUGAAGUUGUGUCCCAGGCCUCACUCUAUAGCAAUCUCCUGCAGCUGAAGGAAGCCCUGUUCUCAGCAGCCUCCAAAGAGGACGUGGCAAUGAUGAAGCUGCAGUUGGAACAGCUGGAUGAACGCUGGGAUGACUUACCGCAGAUAAUCAGCAAAAGGAUGCACUUCCUCCAGUCCGUGCUGGCUGAGCACAAGCAGUUUGAUGAACUGCUAUUCUCCUUCUCUGUCUGGAUUAAGCAGUUUCUCAGCGAAUUGCAAAGGACUUCAGAGAUAAAUUUAAGGGACCAUCAAGUGGCUCUUACUCGGCACAAGGACCAUACUGCAGAAGUAGAGAAGAAAAGAGGAGAAGUAAAGCACCUUCAAGAUCACAUAGUGCAGUUGAGGAGUCUGGGCAGAACCGAGGACCUUCACCCACUCCAGAGCAAGGCAGACGACUGCUUCCAACUCUUCGAAGAGGCCAACCAGAUAGUGGAGAGGCGGAAGCUGGCUCUGGCACAGCUAGCAGAAUUCCUCCAGAGCCAUGCCUGCGUGUCCACUCUUCUCCACCAGCUCAGGCAGACAGUGGAGGCCACCAAAAGCAUGAGUAAGAAGCAGUCUGACUCCCUCAAAAGGGACCUUCAGGAUGCCAUUCAAGAUGUGAAAACAUUAGAAUCCAGUGCUAUAGGUCUUGAUGGCACCCUGGCCAAGGCCCAGUGCCACCUGAAAAGUGGGAGCCCUGAGCAAAGGACCUCCUGCAGAGCCACCACCGACCAGCUCUCUUUAGAAGUAGAGAGAAUCCAGAACCUUCUGGGAACCAAGCAGAGUGAGGCGGACGCCCUGGUGGCAUUGAAAGAAGCAUUCCAGGAGCAGAAAGAAAAGCUGCUGAGAAGCAUUGAGGACAUAGAGGAGAGGACGGACAGGGAGCGGUUAAAAGAGCCCACCCGCCAGGCUCUGCAGCAUAGGUUGAGAGUGUUCAACCAGCUGGAGGAUGAACUAAACUCCCGUGAGCAUGAGCUCUGCUGGCUUAAAGACAAAGCAAAACAAAUCGCCAGGAAGGACGUUGCGUUUGCACCCGAAGUGGAUAGGGAGAUAAACCGCUUAGUGGCAACCUGGGACGACACUAAAAGACUAAUUCAUGAAAACCAGGGCCAGUGCUGUGGACUCAUUGACUUAAUAAGAGAAUAUCAGAAUUUGAAAUCAGCAGUGUGUAAAGUUCUGGAAGAUGCAAGCAAUGUCGUUGCGAUGAGAGCUUCCAUAAAGGACCAGAAGGACCUUAAGUGGGCUUUUUCCAAGCAUGAAACUGCCAGGAAUGAGAUGAAUUCUAAACAGAAAGAGUUGGAUAGUUUUACCAGCAAAGGCAAACACCUGUUAUCCGAGCUGAAAAAAAUCCACAGUGGAGAUUUCAGCCUUAUCAAGACAGACAUGGAGAGCACCCUGGACAAGUGGCUGGAUGUAUCAGAAAGAAUUGAGGAAAACAUGGACAGGCUGAAAGUGAGCCUGUCCACCUGGGAUGAUGUUCUUUCAAGUAAAGAUGAGAUAGAAGGAUGGUCCAACAGCUCUCUCCCACAGCUGGCAGAAAACAUCAGCGACCUAAGCAAUAGUCUCAGAGCUGAGGAAUUCCUGAAAGAACUGGAGUCUGAAGUUAAAAACAAAACCUUAAAACUAGAAGAACUGCACUCCAAAAUCAACAAUCUUAAAGAACUAACGAAAAACCCAGAAACACCAACAGAACUUCAGUUUAUAGAAGCAGACUUGAGGCAGAAGCUGGAACACGCCAAAGAGAUCACCGAGGAAGCAAAGGGAACCCUGAAGGAUUUCACAGCUCAGAGUACACAAGUGGAGAGAUCUGUCAAGGACAUCACAGCGUGGCUCAUCACUGUGGAGGAAUCUUUGACCAGAUGUGCCGAAACGGGGACUUGUGACGGGCUGAAGAAAGUCAAGGACAUACGAAAAGAACUUCAAAGUCAACAAAACAGCAUCAUCUCCACCCAAGAAGAGCUCAACACUCUGUGCCGGAAGUACCACUCUGUGGAGUUGGAGAGCCUGGGCAGGGCAAUGACUGGGCUAAUAAAGAAACAUGAAGCCACAAGCCAGCUGUGCUCCCAAACCCAGGCCAGCAUACAGGACUCUCUGGAAAAACACUUCAGUGGGUCUAUGAAAGAAUUCCAAGAAUGGUUUUUAGGAGCAAAAGCAGCAGCCAGAGAAUCUUCUAAUCUAACUGGUGACAGCCAAGUUCUUGAAGCCAGGCUCCACAAUCUUCAGGGUGUCCUGGGUUCACUCAGUGAUGGGCAAAGCAAGCUGGAUGCAGUGACACAAGAAGGACAAACUCUGUACGCACAUCUGCCCAAGCAGAUUGUUAGCAGCAUCCAGGAGCAAAUCACAAAAGCCAACGAAGAAUUCCAAGCUUUCCUGAAACAAUGCCUUAAAGAUAAGCAGGCUCUCCAGGACUGUGUUUCAGAGCUGGGGAGCUUUGAGGACCAGCACAGAAAACUGAACUUAUGGCUCCAUGAGAUGGAGGAAAGGUUAAACACAGAAAACUUGGGGGAGAGCAAACACCAUAUUUCCGAGAAGAAAAACGAAAUCCACAAAGUGGAGAUGUUCCUGGGAGAACUUCUGGCUGCCAGAGAGUCCCUCGAUAAACUCUCCCAGAGAGGGCAGUUUCUCAGCGAAGAAAGCCACGGUGCAGGGAAGGGAGGCCGCCGGAGUACCCAGCUCCUCACCAGCUACCAGAACCUUCUCAGAAUUACCAAGGAGAGGCUGCGCAGCUGUCAGCUGGCCCUGCAGGAGCACGAGGCUCUGGAAGAAGCCAUGCAGAGCAUGUGGUCUCGGGUGAAGGAUGUGCAAGACAGGUUGGCUUGUGCAGAGAGCACUCUUGGGAACAAGGAGAUGUUGGAGGGGCGAUUGUCACAGAUCCAGGACAUUCUCCUUAUGAAAGGUGAAGGAGAAGUGAAGUUGAACCUGGCCAUUGGCAAAGGGGACCAGGCCUUAAGAAGCAGCAACAAGGAGGGUCAGCAGGCGAUUCAGGAGCAGCUGGAGAUGCUUAAAAAGGCAUGGGCUGACGUCAUGAGUUCGGCUGUCCAUGCGCAAAGCACCCUGGAGUCUGUGAUUGACCAGUGGAGUGACUAUCUAGAGAAGAAAAGCCAGUUGGAGCAGUGGAUGGAGUCAGCAGACCAGAAAGUCGAGCAUCCUUUACAGCUGCAGCCAGGGCUCAAGGAGAAAUUUUCCUUGCUGGACCACUUUCAGUCCAUCGUGUCUGAGGCAGAGGAUCACACAGCAGCUCUGCAGCAACUAGCAGCAAAGUCCAGGGAGCUGUUCCAGAAGACUCAGGAUGAGUCCUUCAAAGAGGCUGGCCAGGAGGAGCUGAGAACACAGUUUCAGGACAUAACGACCGUGGCCAAGGAGAAAAUGAGGACAGUGGAGGACCUUGUAAAAGACCACCUCAUGUACUUAGAUGCUGUCCAGGAAUUCACAGAUUGGCUCCACUCAGCAAAGGAAGAGCUUCACCGCUGGUCGGACACAUCUGGGGAUUCAUCAGCUACCCAGAAAAAGCUGUUGAAAAUCAAGGAGCUGAUAGAUUCCAGAGAGAUCGGUGCAGGCCGCCUAAGCAGAGUGGAAUCACUGGCCCCAGCUGUGAAACAGAACACAGCUGCCAGUGGGUGUGAGCUUCUGAACUCGGAGGUGCAGGCCCUGCGCGCCGACUGGAGGCAGUGGGAAGACUGUCUCUUCCAAGCACAGAGCAGCCUGGAGAACUUGGUCAGUGAAAUGGCUCUCUCGGAGCAGGAGUUCUUGAGCCAAGUGACCCAACUCGAGCAGGCUCUGGAACGGUUCAGCACCCUUCUGAAAACCUGGGCCCAGCAGCUCACCCUCCUGGAAGGCAAGAACACCGACGAGGAGAUAGUGGAAUGCUGGCACAAAGGACAAGAGAUCCUGGGUGCUCUACAAAAGGCAGAGCCUAUGACAGAGGAUCUCAAGUCUCAGUUGAAUGAACUAUGCCGGUUUUCCAGAGACCUGAGUCCAUACAGUGGGAAAGUCUCAGGCUUAAUUAAAGAAUAUAACUGUCUCUGUCUGCAAGCUUCCAAGGGCUGCCAGAAUAAAGAACAGAUUUUGCAAGAAAGAUUUCGGAAGGCCUCUAGGAGCUUCCAGCAGUGGUUGGUUAAUGCAAAAAUCACCACUGCCAAGUGUUUCGAUCUACCUCAGAAUCUUAAUGAAGUUUCUUCCAGUCUUCAGAAGAUCCAGGAGUUUCUGUCAGAAAGUGAAAAUGGGCAACAUAAGCUAAACAUGAUGCUGUCCAAAGGAGAGCUACUGAGCUCUCUGCUGACCAAAGAGAAAUCACAAGCUGUCCAGGCCAAAGUCCUAACCGCAAAAGAAGACUGGAAAAAUUUUCAUGCAAAUCUCCACCAAAAGGAGUUGGCCCUGGAGAAUCUGAAGAUCCAGAUGAAAGACUUUGAGGUGAGCGCAGAACCUGUGCAGAACUGGCUGAGUAAAACGGAGAGGCUGGUGCAGGAAAGCAGCAAUCGCCUCUAUGACCUGCCCGCCAAGAGGAGAGAACAACAGAAGCUGCAGUCUGUCCUUGAGGAGGUACAGUGCUACGAGCCUCAGCUCCACAGGCUGAAGGAGAAAGCUCGGCAGCUGUGGGAGGGACAAGCUGCAAGCAAGAGCUUUGUGCACAGAGUGUCGCAGCUGUCUUCUCAGUAUCUAGCGCUAAGCAAUGUAACCAAGGAGAAAGUGUCCAGGCUGGACAGAAUUGUUGCUGAGCACAGCCAGUUCUCCCUGGGCAUUAAAGACCUGCAGGACUGGAUGUCGGAUACACUUCACAUGCUGGAUUCGUACUGCCUCCCCACGUCGGAUAAAAGUGUGCUGGAUGGCAGAAUGCUCAAGCUGGAGGCUCUGUUGUCAGCAAGACAGGAAAAAGAGAUACAGUUGAAAAUGAUCGUGACCCGGGGGGAGUACGUUCUGCAGAGUACGUCUCCGGAAGGCAGCCCUGCUGUUCAUCAGCAGCUGCAGGCUGUGAAGGAUAUGUGGGAAUCGCUCUUGUCUGCAACAAUUCGAUGUAAGAGUCAGCUAGAAGGAGCGCUCUCAAAGUGGACAAGUUAUCAGGAUGAUGUGCGGCAGUUCUCCAGCUGGAUGGAUGGUGUGGAAGUCAGCCUGACCGAAUUGGAAAGACAGCACACAGAGCUACGAGAGAAAGUAACUUCUCUGGGAAAAGCCAAGCUAUUAAAUGAGGAAGUGUUGAGUCACAGCAGCCUGCUGGAGACCAUUGAAGUCAAGAGGGCAGCCAUGACAGAGCAUUACGUCACCCAGUUAGAACUGCAGGAUCUGCAGGAACGGCACCAAGCCCUCAAAGAGAAGGCCAAGGAAGCAGUUACGAAGUUGGAAAAGCUGGUCCACCUUCACCAAGAGUAUCAGAGAGACCUAAAGGCAUUUGAAAGUUGGCUGGGACAAGAACAAGAGAAACUUGACCGAUGCUCAGUGCUUGAGGGCGACCCCAACACCCAUGAGACAACAUUGCGAGAUCUUCAGGAGCUUCAAGUGCGCUGUGCCGAGGGUCAGGCCCUGCUGAACUCAGUACUUCAUACCAGGGAGGAUGUGAUCCCAUCAGGCCUCCCCCAGGCAGAAGACAGAGUGCUGGAGUCUCUUCGUCAGGACUGGCAGGUUUACCAGCACAGGCUGGCUGAGACCCGGAUGCAGUUCAACAACGUUGUGAACAAACUGAGACUGAUGGAGCAGAAGUUCCAGCAAGCUGACGAAUGGCUCAAAAGAAUGGAGGAGAAAGUUAGUGUCAGGAGCGGAAGCCAGAGCAGCCGGUCCACCAAGGAGAUCCAGUUGCUUCAGCUGAAGAAGUGGCAUGAAGACCUGUCAGUGCACAGAGAUGAGGUUGAGGAGGUGGGAACCAGAGCACAGGAGAUCCUGGAUGAGUGCCAUGUAAGCAGCAGGAUGGGCUGCCAGGCUACCCAGCUGACUUCCCGGUACCAGGCCCUGCUGCUCCAAGUGCUGGAGCAAAUAAAAUUCUUAGAAGAGGAAAUCCAGUGUCUGGAGGAGACAGAAUCUUCCCUCAGUUCCUAUUCAGAUUGGUAUGGCUCCACUCAUAAAAACUUCAAGAACGUGGCUACCAAAAUCGAUAAAGUUGAUGAAGCCAUGAUGGGGAAAAAAUUGAAGACAUUGGAGGUUUUAUUAAAAGACAUGGAGAAGGGCCACAGUUUGCUGAAAUCAGCUCGAGAGAAAGCAGAGAGGGCUGUGAAAUUCCUGGAGGAGCGUGAGGCCGACACACUGAGGAAGGAGAUCCACACCCACAUGGAGCAGCUGAAGAACUUGACGAGCACCGUCCGGAAGGAGCACAUGAGCCUGGAGAAGGGCCUUCACUUAGCUAAAGAGUUCUCAGAUAAAUACAAAGUACUGACCCGGUGGAUGGCAGAAUACCAGGAAAUCCUGUGCACUCCUGAAGAACCCAAAAUGGAGCUAUAUGAGAAAAAAGCACAGUUAUCCAAAUACAAGUCACUACAACAAAUGGUGCUGUCCCAUGAGCCAUCCGUGAACUCGGUGCAAGAGAAGGGUGAGGCACUUCUGGAACUGGUACAGGAUCAGACCUUAAAGGACAAGAUACAAAAACUUCAAAGGGACUUUCAGGACCUCUGCAGCGUAGGAAAGGAACGUGUCUUUAGUCUGGAAGCAAAAGUCAGAGAGCAAGAAGACUACAAUACUGAGCUUCAAGAGGUGGAGAAGUGGCUGCUUCAGAUGUCUAGCCGGCUGGUGGCACCUGACCUUUUGGAGACGAGCAGCCUAGAGACCAUUACUCAGCAGCUAGCCCAUCAUAAGGCAAUGAUGGAAGAAAUAGCAGGUUUUGAAGACCGCCUGGACAACCUUAAAACCAAAGGGGACACUUUGAUUGGCCUGUGCCCAGACCACUUGCAAGCAAAGCAGAAGCAAAGUGUGCAAGCUCACCUGCAGGGCACGAAGGACAGUUACUCAGCCAUCUGCAGCACAGCCCAGAGGGUAUACCGCAGCUUGGAAUAUGAACUUCAGAGGCAUGUCAGCAGGCAAGACACUCUGCAGCAGUGCCAGGCAUGGCUUUCUGCAGUCCAGCCAGACCUGAAGCCCAGCCCGCAGCCACCUCUCAGCCGGGCGGAAGCUGUUAAGCAGGUCAAACACUUCAGAGCUUUGCAAGAACAGGCAAGGACCUACUUGGAUCUCCUCUGCUCCAUGUGUGACUUGUCAAACUCUUCAGUGAAAAACACAGCAAAAGACAUUCAGCAAACAGAGCAGCUGAUUGAACAAAGGCUGGUCCAAGCCCAGAACUUAACUCAGGGCUGGGAAGAGAUCAAGAACCUGAAGGCUGAGCUCUGGAUUUACCUACAGGAUGCUGACCAACAGCUGCAGAACAUGAAGAGGAGGCAUGCUGAGUUGGAGAUAAAUAUUGCUCAGAACAUGGUCUUGCAAGUGAAGGAUUUUGUUAAGCAGCUACAGUUGAAGCAGGCCUCUGUGAGCACCAUCGCAGAAAAGGUGGACCAGCUAACCAAGAGCCAGGAGUCCCCAGAGCACAAGGAAAUAACCCACCUGAAUGACCAAUGGCAAGACCUUUGCCUCCAGUCUGACAAGCUAUGUGCGCAGAGAGAACAGGACCUUCAGAGAACCAGCAGUUACCACGACCACAUGAGUAUCGUUGAAGCUUUCCUUGAAAAGUUUACUACAGAAUGGGACAACCUGGCCAGAUCUAAUGCAGAAAGCACAGCUGUCCACUUGGAGGCUUUGAAGAAGUUAGCCUUGGCCUUGCAGGAGAAAAAGUAUGCCAUUGAUGACCUGAAAGACCACAAACAGAAACUGAUAGAGCAGCUGAAUGUUGAUGACAGGGAGCUGGUAAGAGAACAGACCAGUCACUUCGAGCAACGGUGGUUUCAGCUCGAGGACCUUGUCAAAAGGAAAAUCCAGGUGUCGGUCACCAACUUGGAGAAAUUAAAUGUGGUCCAAUCCAGAUUCCAGGAGCUGAUGGAGUGGGCUGCAGAGCAGCAGCCUAACAUUGCGGAGGCCCUGAAGCAGAGCCCACCUCCUGGCAUGGCUCAGCAUCUCCUCAUGGACCACCUGGCCAUCUGCAGCCAGCUGGAAGCCAAACAGGUACUCCUCAAGUCCCUGAUGAAGGACGCAGAUUGUGUGAUGGCUGACCUCGGUCUCAAUGAACGUAAGAUGAUCCAGAAGGCGCUCUCAGAGGCGCAGAAGCAUGUGAGUUGUCUCAGCGACUUAGUGGACCAACGAAGAAAGUACUUGAACAAGGCCUUGUCUGAGAAAACCCAGUUUCUCAUGGCAGUCUUUCAGGCCACCAGCCAAAUCCAGCAACAUGAGCGAAAGAUCAUGUUCCGGGAAUAUAUCUGCCUACUUCCGGAUGACGUGAGCAAGCAGGUCAAAACGUGUAAGACUGCCCAGGCCAGCCUCAAGACUUACCAAAAUGAGGUCACUGGACUUUGGGCCCAGGGUCGCGAAUUAAUGAAAGGAAUAACAGAGCAAGAACGGGACGAGGUGCUGGGGAAGCUCCAGGAGUUACAGACAGUCUAUGACACCGUUUUGCAAAAAUGCAGUCACAGGUUGCAAGAACUAGAGAAGAGUCUGGUUUCUAGAAAGCAUUUUAAGGAAGAUUUUGAUAAAGCCUGCCACUGGCUUAAACAAGCGGACAUUGUCACGUUUCCUGAGAUCAAUCUCAUGAACGAGAGGGUUGAGCUCCACACUCAACUGGACAAAUACCAAAGCAUUCUGGAGCAAUCUCCUGAGUAUGAAAACCUCCUGCUCACACUGCAGACGACUGGGCAGGCCAUGCUACCAUCACUCAAUGAAGUUGAUCACUCCUACCUCAGUGAAAAACUCAAUGCUCUGCCCCAACAAUUCAAUGUCAUUGUCGCCUUGGCUAAGGAUAAAUUCUAUAAAAUCCAGGAAGCAAUUCUGGACCGAAAGGAAUAUGCUUCUUUGAUCGAGUUGACAACGCAGUCUCUGGGUGACCUGGAAGACCAGUUCCUAAAGAUGAGGAAAAUGCCUUCAGACUUGAUUGUGGAGGAGAGUGUGUUACUUCAAGAGAGCUGCAGAACUCUUCUGGGUGAGGUGGUGGCCCUAGGGGAAGCUGUGAAUGAACUGAACCAGAAAAAAGAGAGUUUUCGCAGCACAGGUCAGCCUUGGCAGCCAGAGAAGAUGCUACAGCUGGCCACAAUGUAUCAUAGGCUGAAGCGGCAAGCAGAGCAAAGGAUCAGUUUAUUGGAAGACACCACUAACGCUUACAAAGAGCACGCACAGAUGUGCCAUCAGCUAGAGAGUCAGCUGGAAGUCGUGAAAAGAGAGCAGGCCAAAGUGAACGAGGAAACGCUGCCUGCAGAGGAGAAGCUCAAGGUGUACCACUCGCUGGCAGGCAGCCUGCAGGACUCAGGAAUUCUGCUCAAACGAGUGACCGCACACCUGGAAGAUCUUUCUCCACACCUGGAUCCCACGGCUUAUGAGAAAGCCAAGGGUCAGGUCCAGUCCUGGCAGGAGGAACUAAAACAGAUGACAUCGGACGUCGGGGAGAUGGUGACCGAGUGUGAGAGCAGGAUGGUACAGAGCAUAGACUUCCAGACUGAGAUGAGCCGUUCCCUGGACUGGCUUCGGAGGGUGAAGGCAGAGCUCAGUGGGCCAGUGUGCCUUGACCUCAGCCUCCAAGACAUACAGGAGGAGAUCAGAAAGAUCCAGAUCCACCAGGAAGAGAUCUUGUCCAGCCUGAGGAUAAUGAGUGCUUUGAGUCACAAGGAGCAGGAGAAGUUCACCAAAGCCAAGGAGCUGAUUUCUGCAGACUUGGAACAUACCCUGGCUGAGCUCCGGGAGCUAGAUGGAGACGUGCAGGAAGCGCUGCAUACUCGGCAGGCAACCUUGACCGAAAUAUACAGUCUGUGUCAAAGGUAUUAUCAAGUGUUCCAAGCAGCUAAUGAUUGGCUUGAGGAUGCCCAAGGAAUGUUACAGCUGGCAGGCAAUGGCCUAGAUGUUGAGAGUGCGGAGGAAAACCUCAAAAGUCACAUGGAAUUUUUCAAAACAGAGGGUCAGUUCCACAGCAACAUGGAGGAGCUCCAAGGUCUUGUGGCCAAGCUGGACCCACUCAUUAAGCCGACCGGAAAGGAAGAGCUGGCACAGAAGAUGGCUUCCCUGGAAAAGAGGAGUCAGGGGAUCAUCCAGGACUCCCACACCCAGCGGGACCUCCUGCAGAGAUGUAUGGUUCAGUGGCAAGAGUAUCAGAAAGCCAGGGAAGGGGUUAUUGAGUUGAUGAAUGAUGUGGAAAAGAAGCUAUCGGAGUUUGCGGUGUUGAAGACAUCUUCCAGCCACGAAGCCAAAGAAAAGCUGACGAAGCACAAGGCUUUAGUGUCUAUAGUUGACUCUUUCCAUGAGAAAAUUGUGGCUCUGGAGGAAAAGGCAUCGCAACUAGAGCAAACCGGAAACGAUGCGAACAAAGCGACCCUAAGCAGGUCGAUGACCACUGUCUGGCAGCGCUGGACGCGUCUCCGUGCUGUGGCCCAGGACCAGGAGAAGAUUCUGGAAGAUGCAGUAGAUGAGUGGAAGCGCUUGAGCGCUAAGGUCAAAGAAACCACUGAAAUGAACAAUCAACUCCAAGGUAGAUUACCUGGAAGUUCAACAGAGAAAGCCUCAAAAGCAGAACUCAUGACCCUCCUUGAAAGUCACGACACUUAUUUGAUGGAUCUGGAGCGUCAGCAGCUGGCCUUGGGUGUGCUACAGCAGCGAGCCUUAAGCAUGCUACAAGACGGAGCCACCCCUGGAUCUGAGGAAGAGGUGCCCAUCCUGCAGGAAAUCACUGCGCUGCAAGAUCAGUGUCUCAACAUGCAGGAGAAAGUGAAGAAUCAUGGUAAACUCGUAAAGCAGGAGCUCCAAGAACGGGAAGCAGUGGAGACUCGCAUUAAUUCUGUGAAGUCUUGGGUUCAAGAAACGAAGGACUAUUUGGGCAAUCCAACAAUAGAGAUCGACACACAACUAGAAGAACUGAAGAGCCUCCUAGCUGAAGCCACCAGCCAUCGAGAGAGAAUUGAGAAAAUUGCAGAAGAACAGAAGAAUAAGUACUUGGGUCUCUAUACUAUCUUACCAUCUGAAAUCUCCCUCCAGUUAGCUGAGGUUACACUGGACCUACAGAUCCAUGAUCAGAUCCAAGAGAAGGUACAAGAAAUUGAGCAGGGCAAGGCCACGAGCCAGGAGUUUGGCCGCCAGAUCCAGAAGGUCACCAAAGACCUCACAACCAUCCUAACAAAGCUGAAAGCCAAAACCGACGAUCUAGUUCAAGCGAAGGCUGAACAGAAGAUGCUGGGUGAAGAGUUAGAUGGCUGCAAUUCUAAGUUAAUGGAGUUAGAUGCUGCUAUACAGACAUUCUCGGAACAGCACAGUCAACUGGGCAAGCCACUGGCCAAGAAGAUAGGAAAGCUGACUGAACUCCACCAGCAAACCAUCAGGCAGGCUGAGAACCGGCUGUCCAAGCUCAACCAGGCAUUAUCCCACAUGGAUGAGUACAAUGAAAUGCUUGAGUCCAUUCAGAAAUGGAUCGAGAAAGCUAAAGUCUUGGUGCAUGGAAACAUCGCCUGGAAUUCAGCAAGCCAGCUCCGAGAACAGUACAUCUUGCACCAGACACUGUUAGAAGAAUCUGAUGAAAUUGACAGUGACCUGGAAACAAUGGCUGAGAAAGUGCAAUACCUUGCCAGCGUGUACUGUACAGGAAAGUUAUCACAGCAAGUGACACAGAUUGGACGGGAGACAGAGGAGUUACGGCAGGCGAUCAGAGUUCGUUUGCGGAGCCUCCAAGAUGCAGCCAAGGACAUGAAAAAGUUUGAAGGAGAGCUAAGAAACUUGCAGGUGGCUUUGGAACAAGCCCAGACGAUUCUGACUUCUCCAGAAGUGGGGCGCCUUAGUCUCAAGGAGCAGCUGUCCCAUCGACAGCAUCUGCUGUCUGAGAUGGAGUCACUGAAGCCAAAGGUGCAAGCCGUACAGCUCUGCCAGAGUGCUCUCCGGAUCCCUGAGGACGUAGUUGCCAGCUUGCCUCUGUGCCACGCUGCCCUGCGGCUGCAAGAGGAAGCCAGUCAACUGCAGCACACGGCCAUCCAGCAGUGCAACAUCAUGCAGGAGGCUGUGGUGCAGUAUGAACAGUACAAGCAGGAAAUGAAGCAUCUUCAGAAGCUGAUAGAAGGGGCUCACAGAGAGAUUGAGGACAAACCUGUGGCCACCAGUAAUAUCCAGGAGCUCCAGGCACAGAUCUCUCGGCAUGAGGAGCUGGCUCAGAAAAUCAAGGGCUACCAGGAGCAGAUCGACUCUUUGAAUUCUAAAUGCAAGAUGCUGACGAUGAAAGCCAAGCACGCUACGAUGCUGCUGACCGUGACCGAGGUCGAGGGACUGGCUGAAGGGACCGAGGACCUGGACCGUGAGCUCCUCCCUACGCCUUCAGCCCACCCCUCCGUGGUCAUGAUGACUGCAGGUCGCUGUCACACUCUGCUGUCACCUGUCACUGAAGAGUCUGGGGAGGAGGGAACCAACAGUGAGAUUUCCUCUCCACCUGCCUGUCGUUCCCCAUCACCUGUGGCUAACACUGAGGCGUCUGUUAACCAGGACAUUGCGUAUUACCAAGCUCUGUCCGCCGAGGGGCUGCAGACAGAUGCUGCAAGAAUUGCCCCCAGUGCCGCUGUAUCCCAAGAGUUGUAUGAGCCAGGACUGGAGCCUUCAGCGACUGCCAGGCUGGGUGACUUACAACGUUCCUGGGAAACCUUAAAAAACGUGAUCAGUGAGAAACAGCGGACUCUCUAUGAAGCUUUGGAACGCCAGCAGAAGUACCAAGACUCUCUCCAGUCCGUCUCGACCAAAAUGGAGGCCAUGGAGAUGAAGCUAGGUGAGAGCCUCCAGCCCGGCCGGAGUCCAGAAAGCCAGAUGGCUGAGCACCAGUCUUCCCCACAGGCCCUGAUGGACGAGGUGCAGAUGCUGCAAGAUGAGAUCAAUGGGCUCCAGGCGUCUCUUGCGGAGGAGCUGGCGGCUGAGUCUCAGGAGUCGGACCCAGUGGAGCAGCUAGCCCUGCAGUCCACGCUCACUGUCCUGGCUGAGCGAAUGUCCACCAUCAGGAUGAAAGCGGCUGGCAAGCGGCAGAUUCUGGAGGAGAAGCUAAAUGAUCAGCUGGAGGAGCAGAGACAGGAGCAGGCCCUGCAGAGGUACCGCUGUGAGGCAGAUGAGCUGGACGACUGGCUGUUGAACACGAAGGCCACCCUGGAUGUUGCACUGGGUACCUCCCAGGAGCCCAUGGACAUGGAUGCCCAGCUGGUGGACUGCCAGAACAUGCUGGUGGAAAUAGAACAGAAAGUGGUGGCCCUGUCGCAGCUGUCUGUGCACAACGAGAACCUGCUGUUGGAAGGCAAGGCUCACAGGAAAGAUGAGGCAGAGCAGCUAGCGGUGAAGCUGAGGAGGCUCAAAGGGAGCCUUGUGGAGCUGCAGAGGACCCUGCACGACAGACAGCUCAACAUGCAGCAGGGAGCCACACAAGAGAAAGAGGAGAACGAUGUUGACUUCACGGACACUCAGAGCCCUGGAGUACAGGAAUGGCUGGCACAAGCCCGCAGCACAAGGACCCACCAGCGGCAGAGCAGCCUCCAGCAGCAAAAAAUAGAAAGCAGUGACGGUGACAGCGACCAUCAACAGCUCCCUGAAGUGACCACAAAGUUUGCAUUUGUGCAUGAGUUCGAACAGGAGCUGGCUGCACAGAAGAGCCUCCUCCGCUCAGUAGCUAGCCGCGGAGAGGAGAUUCUAACCCAGCAUUCCACUGCAGAUGGCUCAGGUGGCCUUGGUGAAAAGCCUGAUGUAUCAUCCCAGGAGUUGGGGACGGAAGGGGCAAAAUUGUCUGCCGAAGACCAGAUGAAAGUGAAGUGGGAAAGCCUGCAUCAAGAGUUCAGUGCCAAGCAGAAGUUGCUGCAGAAUGUUCUGGAACAGGAACAAGAACAAGUGCUUUACAGCAGUACAAACAGACUCCUGUCAGGGGUACUACCGUUCAGAGGGGAAGCACAGACUCAAGAUAAAUCUUCAGUGACGUCCUUGCUGGAUGGACUGAGCCAGGUUUUUGGAGAGGUGUCAUCACAGAGUGGAGGAACAGACAGACAGAGCAUUCACUUGGAGCAGAAGUUGUAUGAUGGAGUCUCAGCCACUUCAACCUGGUUGGAUGACGUCGAAGAGCGUUUAUUUGUGGCCACGGCACUUUUGUCAGAAGAAACAGAAGCUUGUCUCUUCAAACAGGAGGCUCUUGCCAAGGACAUUAAGGAAAUGUCUGAAGAAAUGGAUAAGAACAAGAACUUGUUUUCUCAAGCAUUCCCAGAGGACAGUGACAACCGGGAUGUCAUUGAAGAUACUCUGGGUUGUCUUUUGGGUCGAUUAUCCCUGCUGGAUUCAGUAGUGGAUCAGCGAUGUCAUCAGAUGAAGGAAAGACUCCAGCAAAUCCUCAGUUUCCAGAAUGACCUGAAGGUGUUGUUUACAUCAUUAGCUGACAACAAAUACAUCAUUCUGCAGAAGCUGGCAAAUGUGUUGGAACAGCCCAUCAUGGAACAGAUGCAGGCCAUCCAACAGGCUGAAGAAGGACUGAGGGAGCUCGAGGGUGGAAUCUCUGAGUUGAAACGGCGGGCUGACAAGUUGCAAGUGGAACAGUCUGCUCUGCAAGAACUCUCCAAGCUCCAGGACAUGUAUGAUGAGUUAUUGGUAACUAUCAGCUCCCGGAGGAGCUGCCUCCACCAGAACCUUGCUCUCAAGAGUCAGUAUGAUAAGGCUCUGCAAGAUCUGGUAGACCUGCUGGACACUGGGCAGGAGAAGAUGGCAGGGGACCAGAAGAUCAUUGUAUCCUCCAAAGAAGAAAUUCAGCAACUGCUCGGCAAGCACAAGGAAUACUUCCAGAGCCUUGAAUCGCACAUGAUUUUGACUGAAAUACUCUUCAGAAAAAUCGCUGGCUUUGCAGUUGUGAAGGAAACUCAGUUCCACACGGACCGCAUGGCUCAGGCCUCUGCUGUGUUGAAGCAGGCUCACAAGAGAGGGGUGGAGCUUGAGUACAUCCUAGAGAUGUGGUCCCACCUGGAUGAGAAUCGCCAGGAGCUCAGCAGACAGCUGGAGGUGAUAGAAAACAGCAUCCCAAGUGUGGGCCUGGUAGAGGAGAGCGAGGACAGACUCGUGGAAAGGACAAGUCUCUACCAGCAUUUAAAAUCCAGCCUUAAUGAAUACCAGCCCAAACUGUGUCAAGUGCUAGAUGAUGGGAAGCGCCUUUUGAUGUCUGUCAGUUGUUCAGAGCUUGAAGCUCAGCUAAAUCAGCUGGGAGAGCGCUGGCUCAGUAAUACGAACAGAGUGUCCAAGGAACUGCAUAGGCUGGAGACCACACUGAAACACUGGACCAGGUAUCAAAGUGAAGCUGCAGAUCUGAUUCACUGGCUACAAUCCGCAAAGGAUAGGCUGGCGUUUUGGACUCAGCAGUCUGUGACGGUUCCACAAGAACUGGAAAUGGUCCGGGAUCAUCUCAAUGCUUUCCUGGAGUUCUCUAAAGAAGUGGAUGCCAAGUCGUCCCUCAAGUCGUCAGUCACCAGCACAGGCAAUCAGCUUCUUCGAUUAAAGAAAGUGGACACAGCUGCCCUGCGUGCUGAGCUGUCACGCAUGGACAGCCAGUGGACUGACCUACUGACAGGCAUUCCUGUGGUGCAGGAGAAGCUCCAUCAGCUCCAGAUGGAUAAGCUGCCUUCCCGCCAUGCCAUUUCUGAGGUCAUGAGUUGGAUCUCACUCAUGGAAAGUGUCAUCCUGAAGGAUGAAGAGGACAUUAAAAAUGCCAUCGGUUACAAGGCAAUCCAUGAAUACCUUCAGAAAUACAAGGGUUUCAAGAUAGACCUGAACUGCAAGCAGCUGACGGCAGACUUCGUGAACCAGUCAGUGCUCCAGAUCAGUAGUCAGGAUGUGGAGAGCAAGCGCAGUGACAAGACAGAUUUUGCUGAGCAGCUGGGAGCAAUGAAUAAAAGCUGGCAGCUCUUGCAGGGUCGAGUGGGUGAGAAGAUCCAGAUGUUGGAAGGCUUGUUGGAGUCGUGGUCAGAGUAUGAAAACAGCGUACAGUCUCUGAAAGCUUGGUUUGCAAAGCAGGAGAGGAAGCUAAAAGAGCAGCAUCCCAUUGGUGAUCAGAAUUCUGUUCAGAAUGUGCUGAAGGACUGUCAGGAGCUGGAAGAUUUGAUUAAAGCAAAAGAAAAGGAGGUAGAGAAAAUUGAGCAGAAUGGACUCGCAUUGAUUCAGAACAAGAGAGAGGAGGUCUCUGGCAGUGUUUUGAGCACACUUCAGGAACUCAGGCAGACCUGGGCCAGUUUAGACCACACGGUUGGACAAUUAAAGAUACAGCUGACAUCAGCCCUUGGGCAGUGGAGCAGUCACAAAGCAGCCUGUGAGAAGAUCAACAGUCACAUCAUGGAGGCCAGGUACUCGCUGUCCCGAUUCCGUCUGCUGACAGGUUCCUCCGAAGCCGUACAAGUUCAGGUCGACAAUCUUCAGAAUCUUCAUGAUGAGCUAGAAAAGCAGGAAGGAGACUUACAGAAAUUCGGCUCUAUCACCAACCAACUACUGAAGGAGUGUCACCCACCUGUGGCAGAAACCCUCUCCAAUACUCUGCAGGAAGUCAAUAUGAGAUGGGAUAACUUACUGGAAGAAAUCGCUGAACAGCUCCACUCCAGCAAGGCCCUCCUUCAGCUCUGGCAGAGAUACAAGGACUACUCAAAGCAGUGUGCCUCUGCAGUCCAGAGACAAGAGGAACAGACCAGUGCAUUGUUAAAGGCAGCCACUAACAAGGAUAUCGCCGACGAUGAAGUCACCAAGUGGAUUCAGGACUGCAAUGACCUUCUCAAGGGACUGGAGACAGUCAAGGACUCGCUUUUCAUCCUCCGUGAAUUAGGAGAGCAGCUUGGGCAGCAGGUGGAUGCUUCUGCAGCUGCAGCCAUUCAGUGUGAGCAGCUCUGCUUCAGCCAGCGCAUGGAGGCCCUGGAGCAGGCACUUUGCAAGCAGCAAGCGGUAUUGCAGGCUGGAGUUGUUGACUAUGAAACAUUUGCCAAGAGCUUAGAAGCCUUAGAGGCCUGGAUCGUGGAAGCCGAGGGCAUCCUCCAAGCGCAGGAUCCCACUCACUCCUCCGACCUCUCUACUAUCCAGGAAAGGAUGGAGGAACUGAAGGGACAGAUGCUUAAGUUCAGCAGCAUGGCUCCUGAUUUAGACCGCCUCAAUGAGUUGGGGUACCGGUUACCCUUGAAUGACAAGGAGAUCAAGAGGAUGCAGAGCCUGAACCGUCACUGGUCUCUGACCUCCUCUCAGACCACAGAAAGAUUCAGCAAGCUGCAGUCAUUCUUGCUUCAGCACCAGACUUUCUUGGAAAAGUGUGAGACGUGGAUGGAAUUCCUGGUUCAGACAGAGCACAAGUUGGCAGUGGAGAUCUCAGGCAAUUACCAGCAUCUUUUGGAGCAGCAGAGAGCGCAUGAGCUUUUUCAAGCCGAGAUGUUCAGCCGCCAGCAGAUCCUCCACUCCAUCAUUGUUGAUGGGCAGAAUCUUCUAGAACAAGGUCAAGUUGAUGACAGAGAAGAGUUCAGCCUGAAGUUGACCCUCCUCAGUAACCAGUGGCAGGGAGUGAUUCGCAGAGCCCAGCAGAGAAGAGGGAUUAUUGACAGUCAGAUUCGCCAGUGGCAACGCUACAGGGAAAUGUCAGAGAAGCUUCGUAAAUGGUUGGCUGAGGUGUCUCAUCUGCCCCUGAGUGGUCUUGGGAACAUCCCAGUACCACUGCAACAAGUGAGGACACUCUUUGAUGAGGUGCAGUUCAAAGAGAAGGUGUUUCUGCGCCAGCAAGGGAGCUACAUCCUGACGGUGGAGGCUGGCAAGCAGCUCCUGCUCUCCGCAGACAGUGGCGCCAAAGCUGCCUUACAGGCUGAGCUCACAGACAUCCAAGAGAAGUGGAAGGCAGCCAGCAUGCACCUGGAGGAGCAGAAGAAAAAGCUGGCUUUCUUGUUGAAAGACUGGGAAAAAUGUGAGAGAGGGAUAGCCCGUUCUCUGGAGAAGCUCCGAAUGUUCAAAAAGAGGUUAUCUCAGCCUCUACCUGACCACCAUGAGGAACUCCACACAGAACAGAUGCGGUGUAAGGAACUGGAAAACACGGUUGGGAGGUGGACAGAUGACCUGGCAGAGCUGGUGAUGCUGAGGGAUGCCCUGGCUGUCUACCUCAGUGCCGAGGACAUCUCCAUCCUGAAGGAACGAGUGGAGCUUCUGCAAAGGCAGUGGGAAGAGCUUUGUCACCAGGUCUCCCUGAGAAGACAGCAAGUGAGUGAGCGUCUGAACGAAUGGGCCGUCUUCAGCGAAAAGAACAAGGAACUGUGUGAGUGGCUCACCCAGAUGGAGAGCAAAGUCUCUCAGAAUGGAGACAUCCUCAUCGAAGAGAUGAUAGAAAAACUCAAGAAGGAUUAUCAAGAGGAAAUUGCUGUUGCCCAAGAGAACAAAAUCCAGCUCCAGCAAAUGGGAGAACGGCUCGCUAAAGCCAGCCACGAGAGCAAAGCCUCUGAGAUUCAGUACAAGCUCAGGAAAGUGAACGACAGGUGGCAGCAUCUCCUGGAUCUCAUUGCAGCUAGGGUGAAGAAGCUAAAGGAGACCCUGGUGGCUGUGCAGCAGCUGGACAAGAACAUGGGCAGCCUUAGGACUUGGCUGGCCCACAUGGAGUCAGAGUUGGCCAAGCCUAUAGUCUAUGAUUCUUGUGACUCCGAAGAAAUACAGAGGAAACUGAGUGAGCAGCAGGAGCUUCAGAGAGACAUCGAGAAACACAGCACAGGUGUUGCCUCUGUCCUCAACCUGUGUGAGGUCCUGCUGCAUGACUGUGAUGCCUGUGCCACAGAUGCCGAGUGCGACUCCAUCCAGCAGGCUACUCGCAACCUGGACCGUCGGUGGAGGAACAUCUGCGCAAUGUCCAUGGAGAGGAGACUCAAAAUUGAAGAGACGUGGCGACUGUGGCAGAAGUUUCUGGAUGACUAUUCUCGUUUUGAAGACUGGCUAGAGGUUUCUGAGAGGACGGCUGCAUUCCCCAGUUCUUCCGGGGUGCUCUACACCGUUGCCAAGGAGGAGCUGAAGAAGUUUGAGGCUUUCCAGCGGCAGGUUCAUGAGAGCCUGACCCAGCUAGAGCUUAUCAACAAACAGUACAGGCGCCUGGCCAGAGAGAAUCGCACAGACUCCGCCUGCAGCCUCAGGCAGAUGGUCCAUGGAGGCAACCAGAGAUGGGACGACCUACAGAAGCGGGUCACCUCCAUCUUGCGCAGGCUCAAGCAUUUCAUUAGUCAGCGUGAGGAGUUCGAGACUGCCCGGGACAGCAUUCUCGUCUGGCUCACAGAGAUGGAUCUGCAGCUCACCAAUAUUGAACAUUUUUCUGAAUGUGACGUUCAAGCUAAAAUAAAACAACUCAAGGCUUUCCAACAGGAGAUCUCACUGAACCACAAUAAGAUCGAGCAGAUCAUUGCCCAGGGGGAGCAGCUGAUAGAGAAGAGUGAGCCACUGGAUGCCGCUGUCAUUGAGGAGGAACUGGACGAACUCAGACGCUACUGCCACGAGGUCUUUGGACGUGUGGAAAGAUAUCACAAGAAACUGAUCCGCCUGCCUCUACCAGAUGACCUUGACCUCUCUGAUCGAGAGCUAGAUCUCGAAGACUCCACGGCUCUUUCAGACCUCCGCUGGCAGGACCCCUCUGCAGAUGGCAUGCCCUCCCCACAGCCUUCUUCCAACCCCUCCCUCUCCCUUCCUCAGCCCCUCCGGAGUGAGCGGUCAGGGAGAGAUACCCCAGCCAGCGUGGACUCCAUCCCCCUGGAAUGGGACCACGAUUAUGACCUCAGUCGAGACCUGGAGUCAGCAUCUCGAACUCUGCCCUCAGAAGACGAAGAAGGCGAGGAAGACAAGGAGUUCUACCUCAGGGGAGCUGUUGGCUUGUCAGAUGUAGUGAUCCCCGAGAACCCCGAGGCCUAUGUAAAUCUCACAGAAAAUGCAAUCAGAAAUACGUCUGGGGAUCCCAGCUCAUUGGAGUCACAGAUGAGGCAACUGGACAAAGCCCUGGAUGACAGCCGCUUCCAGAUACAGCAAACCGCAAAUGUCCUCAGAAGCAAAACUCCCACAGGGCCAGACCUGGAGACCAGCUAUCAGGGCUACAUGAAGCUGCUGGGUGAAUGCAGCGGCAGCAUAGAUUCCGUGAGGAGACUGGAGCACAAGCUGACGGAGGAAGAGAGCUUUCCUGGCUUCGUUAACCUCAACAGCACAGAGACUCAGACAGCUGGUGUGAUUGACCGCUGGGAGCUCCUGCAGGCCCAGACAAUGAGCAAGGAGUUGAGGAUGAAGCAGAACCUUCAGAAAUGGCAGCAGUUUAAUUCCGACCUCAACAACAUCUGGGCCUGGCUAGGAGAGACCGAGGAGGAACUGGACAGGCUCCAGCACCUGGCACUCAGCACCGACAUCAACACCAUUGAGUCUCACAUCAAAAAGCUCAAGGAGCUCCAGAAAGCCGUGGACCACCGCAAAGCCAUCAUCCUCUCCAUUAACCUCUGCAGCUCUGAGUUCACCCAGACCGACAGCAAAGAGAGUCAUGACUUGCAGGAUCGUUUAUCCCAGAUAAAUGGAAGAUGGGACCGAGUGUGCUCUCUGCUGGAGGACUGGAGAGGCAUGCUACAGGCUGCGCUGAUGCAAUGCCAGGAGUUCCAUGAAAUGAGCCACGCUUUGCUUCUCAUGCUAGAAAACAUUGACAGAAGGAAAAAUGAAAUUGUCCCAAUUGAUUCAACCCUUGACCCAGAGACACUUCAGGACCAUCACAAGCAACUCAUGCAAAUAAAGCAAGAGCUUCUGAAGUCCCAGCUCAGAGUGGCCUCACUACAAGACAUGUCUCGCCAACUCUUGGUGAAUGCUGAGGGUUCAGAUUGUCUAGAAGCCAAAGAAAAAGUCCACGUGAUUGGAAACCGGCUCAAACUUCUGCUGAAGGAGGUCAGCCAUCAUAUCAAGGAUCUGGAGAAGUUACUAGACAUGUCAAGCAGUCAGCAGGAUUUGUCUUCAUGGUCUUCUGCAGAUGAGCUGGACACCUCAGGAUCCGUGAGUCCCACAUCCGGAAGAAGUACCCCAAACAGACAGAAAUCGCCACGAGGCAAAUGUAGUCUCUCACAGCCUGGACCCUCUGUCAGCAGCCCAAAGAGCAGGUCCACAAACGGUGGCUCCGAUUCCUCCCUUUCUGAACCCAGGCCAUCACAGGUGGGUCGAGGUUUCCUGUUCCGGGUCCUCCGGGCAGCUCUUCCCUUUCAGCUGCUCCUGCUGCUGCUGCUUAUCGGACUCACCUGCCUUGUACCCCUGUCGGAGAAAGACUAUAGCUGUGCCCUCUCCAACAACUUUGCUCGAUCUUUCCAUCUGAUGCUCAGAUAUACCAACGGUCCUCCUCCACUCUGAAGCUAGCAGACGGCCCAGCACAAGCCCAGGCUGUCAGAGAAGACGUGAUCUUGGCAGAGGUCCUCAUAUGGCAGCUUCAGUUCUCCAUACCCUGUGUGUAAAAAAGAAAAAAGAAAAAACAAAAAACAAAAACUGAGCCUUCGGAUAUGGACGGUAAACAAAAGGAGGCGCACAACCAUGGGAUUGGUACCGUGUCAUGUGACACUCUGAGCCUUAAUACUAAAGAAAUUAAGUUAAGGAGAUGUAGUGUUCCCUGGACCCAUGAAGUCUGGGCCUUUGGCAUAGCCAAUGGCUCUCUUUACUGGGCCAUCUGGGCAGCUUUCCUAUGGUGCUGCUCGAUCAACCCAAAAGCCCCUCCUCCAGGCACCAUGUCAGUAUCGUACAAUCUACCAGCGCACCCCUGCUGGAAGGCAGCUUCCUUUCUGUCUUGUUUUCUUUGGGGCAUGAUGUUUCAAUGUUGCUUUAGAGGCACAGGCUGUAAAUCUUGAAAAGCACUUUUUUUUUUUUUACAAAAAAAAAAGUAUAAAGAAAGUCUGGAUGUAAGAAAUAAAAUCAUGGAAAGCUUUAUGUGAAGAAAAUUGAAUGUUAUAGUAUAAAAAAGAUAUUUAUGUAUGUACAGUUUGCUAAAGCCAAGUUUUUGUUUGUCGAUUUCUUUGCAUUUAUUAUAGACACUAUAAAGAA